GGGAGUGGGCGCAGGACGGGGCCACCUUAAAUUGGCCGUGUUAGUUAAUGAUCACCACAUACCCCCACGGUGGUGAGGGGGCGGAGUCAGUCCGUAUUUAUAGCUAAAUCCCGCGCCUUUUUGCUCAGAUGUUCAGACAGCUGUGCGUCAUGGCGCGCUGCGCUCUGUGCUGCAUUUUGCUGGGCUUGUGCGUGACCUCCUCUGCUCAAGCUGUUUGCAACAGUGAUGAGAAAUCCAGCAAUCAAUGUGGAAACCUGUUAUAUGAUAUUAAGAAGUACACCUGUUGUGACAGGAGUGUAACUCAAGGUCCUCACCUGUCCUGCUGCGGAACCACUGCCUACAACAAACUGGAUAGCUCAUGCUGUAACAAUGUGGUUACGGUUGGUUUGAGCCAAACUGUUUCAUCUUGCUGCGGAUCCAAGGCUUACAACCCCCUCAAUCAGAUCUGCUGCGGUGGAAGCAUCCAGGACAAAACUUCAGCUCACACAGAAUGCUGUGGCUCAGGCUUAUAUGACACCAAGAAGCAGUUGUGCUGUAAAAAUCAGUUCGUCCAGCUCAAGGAAACAGUCAAUCACGUGUGCUGUGGCAACGCAACACUGAACACACUCAAGCAGUGCUGCUGUGAUACUCUUGAAGUGGAGAAUCUUGACAGCGCAUGCUGUAAACAGAAGUUGGAAAGAGAGAGAGCAUCUCUGCCAAAUGCAAGCCAGCCAACGACUUCUUCCGCCCUGCUGCUGAAGGACAACAGGCAAAUGGACCCUGAAGGCUCAGCUUACUCCGAGACACCUCACUGUGGAUUGCAGCCAUACUGUCCUCUUAAGUAUAUCUGUUGUUCAGGGAAGCUGUUUUCGAAAACAAGCGAUGUUACUCAAUGUUGUGGUGAGGAACCAUACAAACUGUCAGAAGAGGGAGUGCUGUGUUGCGAUGGACAGCUCUACCGCGGCCAGCCAGCCGGCUCUCUAUGCUCAGGGAAUGUACCGUACUCUCCACACAACUGCACCGUCUGCCAGGAACAUGUGCACCUACCAGCAGGCCAGCAGUGCUGUGGACAGAAAACAUUUAACCCCCAUGAGGAGAUCUGCUGCAAUGGACACAGGUACAGCCAUAAAGGGAAAGCGGACAUGACCUGCUGUGGCUCUCAUGCUUACAACGCCAGCUCUGGUACACACAUGUGCUGUUCAGGCCACCUCCAUGACCUGACGAACCUGAAGAACAAAGAAGAGGCGGAGUGCUGUGGUCCUGUAUUGCUGACCAAUAAGAAGGAGCAACAGUGCUGCCACUCAGCAGAGAAAUCUCUGGUCUAUAAGACCCAGCCUGGCCAUUCCUGUUGUGGCCACUGGUACUACAAUAUGUCCAUGUGGAGCUGCUGUGCUGGACAGCUCACUUCCAAGCCAACACAUGCAAAGAUAGGAGAGUUGAAGUUUAUUCGACCCCUGUUGGACUUCAGCAAGUCUGCAAUUUGCAAAUGGCCAGUGUUGUUAGGAACAGUGCAGAGUGUAGCAGUGAAGCAGAAUAAGCGCUUUGUCGUGCUGAAGGAGGCGCUGGAGGUCAACACAACUGUGAAGUCUUGCGGAAACUCUCUAGAAGUCGGGCCACUGGACCACUGCCUCUUCCCUGUGCUGGAGUUAGGCAGGACCUACCUCUGGACGAAAAACAAACAGAGCAAAUAUGAGCCUUUGGCUGACGUUACCGGCUUGACAACCCCACUUCACACCAUCUUGAGCCUUUGUCAGCAUAACCGUACAUGCUAUACUGCUUAACAGUCGGGCUGUGUUCUAUAGCCUCUUUUCCACUGUGGACCAUGGAGAGUAAUUAUUUUCAUCUGAACACAAUUUGGCGCUUACAAACCAUCUCCAGCACAGGUGCCUUGGCUUGGUUAGCUAAAACGGCUCAGUGCAGCAAAAGCAUUUGGAUAUGAGGCCUUAUGAGGACUGUAUAUCUACCAAUUCAAAUUAGUAAUGCUAGAUUUAGAUCUAAUAAUGUAGAUGUAUAUGAUAUAAAUUUGGCCUUGUAAAAUUCAUCAAUAACCAGUGAUUAACAAUCAUACACUCAGCACACAUCACAUAUGGAACUAUGUGGACCAACUUUCUAACAGGUAUGUAAGUUAGGACAAUUUUGCUCACAUUUACAUUUUAAGUAAGUAUAGAGAAACACAAGGGCCUCAAUGUGAGAGCACUGGCAAGGGCAUGUUGUUCCGGAUGUGACUGAGCAGGCAGAUGACACUAAUAAUUAGGCUAAAUACUUUAGCUGCCAUUAGCGAGAACCAAAAACACUGAAAACAAAUUCCACUCAUCUCAGUGUCACCCAUACUGACAGAUCGAUCAUCAACUUACUGGCAGAUUAAAACUAAGACUAAAGAGAGAAAAGCUUGUGUAGAAGCCCACAAGUCAUCACCAUCUACCACUGCACUGGUAUGAUCUCCAAUGUUAGCAUUAGCUCAUUAGCUCAUCUGAAACAGCUUCUGUUAUUCAAGCCCAACACGAAAACCUUAUUUAGCAGAAAGAGAUUUUUCACUUUGGUAUUUUGGCAGAAUACUAUGGGGUUUUUUUUCCAAAUGAUUUUUCAAAAUCACCUCUGUUUGUUGUUAAGCUACUUUUUUACUAAGUGUUUUUAGCCUGCUAGCACCAGCGCACUACAAUACAGGAGCCUUUUCUCCAGUUCACUGAAUAUUUGGGCAUUACAUGAGAAAUUUCUGUGGAAUUAAGUAGCUGAGAUGUAAACAAAGUCAUUCAGAGAGGUUUGGUAUGAAACACUCCAUUGUAGAGUCACAGUUGUUCACUGUGGUGGCGAUAGGAACCGAACAUCUGAAGCACUUUAACAGCUGUAAAAGCUACCUCAGACAACGUUAUUACACUAAAUGGCUUUGAAUACAUUGCCUGAUGCCUGGGACUUUGUUUCAUGAUAGUUUUGUGAUAAGAUUUUGACCCAAACCCCAUU